AUGCCUGACCACCGUGAAUCGGAAUGGGCCAAUUCAUUGGCUUCUGGCCCAACACUCUCGUUUCUUCCACAAGUUCCACCGUCGUCAAGCGCCUUUCGAACCGAGGGUUCACAAGGCGAAGGCUCGAAUAGCCAAUGCACAGGAAAUCCUGAAUAUGCUGCCAUAGAAUGGUUAGCAGCGCUGAAAAAGGAGCUGCGCGUUUUGGAUCUGGAGGCUUUUUGGUGCAAGCUCCUGGAGAACACCGCCUCGCUGUGUAAUGCACAGUAUGCCUUCGUGGCUCGAAGGGUUAGAGAGGACGAAGCCGCUAAAGAGAUCGGUGGACACAAGCCUUCUCUCUUCGGAACCGCAUUUUAUUACAAUGAUGGUUCUAAUAAUGUCGGAAUCCAUCGGAACAGAUAUUUCGCUGGCGGAAAUCCACUCUUACAUAUGGACUCCAUGAAGCCAUGUUUAAUCGUCGAAAACCUGAGCUCGUAUAUCUCUUUUGAUAAAGACAGAUUGCCAUUUUCGGCGGAGGGUUACCUGGCUAUCCCGUUAUUCUCAGGCGAUGAAUGCCUCGCGUAUCUUGGCUUAAUGUGGUCAGGUCCAGGACUACAGAAAAAGAAGCUUUCAUGGUCUUUCUUGGAAACAGUUCUCUAUUCUCUGGAAGAACUAGUCGUCCAGCGAAUUCAUGAGGAUCGCAAGACUACAGAUCAGGAUCGACACAACCAAGAAGCGUCUCCCAACGGUCCAAGCACCUGCGAUGAAAAAUCCACAUAUUCGCACCAAGCUGCCGGCUUCGCUUCCCAACACCUGAAGCCUUUUGCCCGCAGCCUCUCGCAUGAGCUCCGAACGCCAAUGCAGGGAAUUGUUGGGAUGUUGGAUGUGAUGCAUGCCACUGUGCGUGAAGCACUUGUCGGAAAACCCUCCGCGAAAACUGCUUACGUUUUCCAAUCACUCAAGGAAAGCAUCGAGAUGGUUCAAGAUAGUGCAAGGCGGGCAGUUGAAGCGGCCGACAAUGUCGUCCAUGCAUACGACCUCAAUAUGGAAGUGCCCAAAACUCCUCAAAUGGAGCGUGAUAUCAAUCUCUCCAGCUUCAUCUCGUCCCCGGUGACGGCGCCCGAAAUUAGGCCCAAAGUUUUCAUUGAAGGGAGCAAUAUCGCAGUUAACCCCUACAAGCGCCGAAGGAGCAACCCAGCAGAGGGCUUUGGCACGAGUCCAAGGCAGAAAAUCCCUCGCGUAUCGUCGCCGGAAGAGCUCUCCCCUCGUACCGAGGAGGUCAAAAACGCAGUCCAUGAAAGCGACAAGAUCUUUAAUAGCGAGACCCCGGCUCAUCAGAUUGAAGCAGUGAUGGCGAGCAUGGUUGAUCCUCGUCCGUCCUUGGCCGUGCGAAGGUCAGCGCCCAAUCUCCUCUUAGAAGGCAUCAAUGUGAACAUCAAGGGUCCGGCGUUGCGAUUCACCAAGCUCCGCGAUCUUCUCCGGCUGGUGGUCAACGAGUCUCUCCAUGUCGGUGGUAGGCCCGACUUUGUGGUCAGCGGCGCCACUGAAGUGGGCGAGAAGAUCGAAGUUCGGUCGCGGUUGUCCAAUGGAGAAGUCCACUCCAAAACCAUUGAAUGGUCCGUGGAUAAUGAAGUACCGGACGCUCUUCUCGUGGAUGAUCGGGAUCUGGCCAAGCUGAUAUCAUGCGUGUUUCUGAAUGCUGUCAAGUUCACAAACAGUGGCUUGAUUACUCUCAAAGCCACCCUCAAUAGUAGGGCCCACGAUAUUUUGAUCAAUGUCCACGACACAGGACCUGGUAUCCCCAUGGCCUUCUUACCUAACCUAUUCAAGCCUUUUGCCAGGGAAGAUACAUCCCUUACCCGAAGCAAAGAUGGUUUAGGACUCGGACUCUUGGUGGCGAAGGGUCUCGCUAGGAAGAUGGGCGGAGACCUUGUCUGUGUUCGAUCAUCAACCUCAGGAUUUGACCGCGGCUCCGAAUUUGAAAUAAGGGUUCCUGUCAACGAACCUGAAACUGCUGCUACGAUUGCCCCUUCCUCACAGUUGUUGACCCCUAUCAACAUGAAAGACCCAUCAAGACUCAGCAGCGCCAGCAGCACCACACCAGAUUUUACUGUGUUAUCACCAUUAGUACCACCCUCACAUACCCCGUUGCAAGAACCGACUCCCGCUCUCACGGACGAGUCCUCUUCCCGCACACCCACUCCUGCUCGAUCCGUCUCGAACACAAAACCUACAAGAGCAUCUCUUAGCAAUCAAGCCUACGACGGUAAGCUAGGAGAGAAGUACCCUCUUACUUUCCUGGUGGCCGAAGACAACAAGAUUAACCGGCGGGUUCUGGUUCACAUGUUGAAGAGAUUGGGCUACCAAGAAAUAUAUGAGGCCGGCAACGGAAAAGAAGCUGUCCGGAUGAUGCAGAAUAUACUCGAGUCGCAGUUAGCUGAGCUUGGGGCGAGCAAUCCACCGAAGCCCUUACAGCAGCAUGCCGGGUCUGACGAUUUUCUCGUCCCCGAGCCACCCCUCCGCCAGAAGAAAGCGAAACCGGUAGACGUGAUCUUGAUGGAUCUUUGGAUGCCGGAAAUGGACGGAUAUGAAGCCACUUCCGAGAUUUUCAAGCUCGUCAAUAAUCACCGUGAGCUGCGUUUGUCAUGUUCCGUGGGCUGUGCCCCUUCGCAACCUACUGUUCUCGCCGUUAGCGCCGACGUCACGGACGAGUCGCUAAGUCGAGCCUCGAAAGUCGGCAUGAAGGGCUACAUGACAAAACCAUAUAGAUUGACUGAUUUGGAACGCCUGAUUGAAGGUUUCUGCAGCGAUACUGCAAGGCAAACCAAUGAUUCAACGAACGCAUCAUGA